ACCCUGCUUCCAUCUCCAAGCCACACAGCCACCGGUGGCCCUUGGGGAGGCUCCUUCUUUCCGCACUGCUGCUUACCUGUCCCAGGCGGCCCUUCCUCGGAUGCAGGGCGCGUGUGUGGACGCCCGGCCGGGCCCCCCGCUGCUGCCGGCCCCCCCGCCGGAGGUGCUGGGCUCGGUCCUGAGCGAGCGCUUUGGCCCGCUGCCCUUCAUGGCCCCCAUCACGCGCAUGCGGAGGAAGCCGUCCGGCCACUACUUCCCCACCGAGAACCGGGAGCAGGUCCUGGGCCGCCGCCGGGCCGCCAACGCCAAGGAGCGGGAGCGGAUCCGGAAUUUGAACAGCGGGUUCUCCAAGCUCAAGUCCAUCGUGCCGCUCAUCCCGAAGGACCGGAAGCCCAGCAAGGUGGACAUGCUGAAGGCGGCCUCCGAAUACAUCCGCCUCUUGCGCCUCAUCCUGGAGGAGAACCAGGGCGCCGAGGAGGCGCAGGGUCCGCACUCGUAUCCGUCGCCCCGGCCCAAUCCGGUGCCCGGCGCCACCCAGAACAGCCUGCCCGCGAGCGCUGCGUCCUCCGGCUGCUACGUCAAGGCGGAGAGCGGCGUGGAAGUGGUCUGGGCGAACCCCAUGGUGGAGGCCACGGCUUCGUGUCCCUGGGGCCAAGCCCUCUUGCCCGCUUACGUCGGGAUUGUGGAGCUGCACAAAAACGGGUAGACGCCGCUGCUGCCGCCGAAUCCCCCUUUCGAAUUGGAUGGAAGACCCUCCCUCGAGACCAAGCACUUUGAAGCUCCUUCGUGGCCUUCUCUCUUCUCCAUCUGCACUUGUCUUGUUUACAGCAAAGAAAUAAAUAAAUACAUUGGCAAUGCUAA